GGAGGGAUGACAACAACGAAAGUGGAUGUGCUGGGAUAAGAAGUUUGACAAAUUAGAUACCAAAUGGAAGAAAUAUUUGCCACCAUAGAGGAUAUGCUUUCUUCCAUAAAGAGCCAUAUGGAGAACAAAUUUGAGAGCAUAGAGGAAAUGCGAGACAUGAUGAAGAUGCUCAUAGAUAUGCAUUGCAAAUCCUAAUCAUGGGUUGAUCAGCGAAUCUUUAGCCAGAUCAAAAGGGAAGUUAAAUUGCUGAUACUCUCUAGAAUAACUCCUCUUAGAUACUGCUUUGAGGUGGUAAAGUGCCUACUUGUCCUUGUCUGAUACUCUCUAAUUGACACAGUGGUCAGUGAUCUAAAUUUCAUAAUUGCUCAAGUUAGUAAGGCAAACAUCCACACAAGACAAUCAAUUUAAUGGUGUCCAACUUCUCCACAUUUGAAACAUGCCUAGAACCCAAUAGAUACUAUCCAAAAUGGCUUAUUUUUACAUUGCUCAUAUAAAGGUUUCUAUUAUACAGCCAGUCUCUGGCUGUGGCCUUGCUAUACUAGCUGUCUUCUCCCAUUUUUAUCUCAAAGAGGUCAUGAAUUCACUUGAUUGGAUUGGCAUUGUGUUGGCUGGCAUUGGCACAAUAGGAGUUGGUGCUGGAGGGAAGGAGCAAAGUCCCACUGUGUCUCUUCUACGUUUACCAUGGCUGGUUUUUUCUAUUUCAAUCUUGUUUAUUGUACUAAAUGCUUGGCUCCACAUAUACAAAAGUAAACGGCUAGAUCAAGAACUUAUGAACUACGAAGUUGUUGAGGAAAUUAUAUCUGGCUUGGAAUCUGGCAUUUUAUUUGGGUUUUCUUCUGCACUAUCAAAAUUGGGCUUUGUUCUCUCAGAGCAGGGCUUUUCUAAAAUGCUGGUUCCAAUCUGCAUAUUAAUCAGCAUAUGUUGCAGUGCUUUUGGAUUUAUUUGCCAGACUCGAGGACUGAAACAUGGGAGGGCUAUUGUAGUUUCCACAUGCGCUGCAGUUGCCUCUAUUGUAACUGGCGUUCUUGCUGGUAUGUUUGCCCUUGGGGAAAGCCUUCCUUCUGCUCCAGUGGCACGACUUUCUUUGUUGCUCGGAUGGCUUCUGAUCAUAUCUGGGAUCAUUCUUCUUGUUUGCUCCGCACGAAUAAUGUCAAUUCUUCCCAGGCCGCUUAGGCGCCUUCUAAGAAGCAGCAAGGAGAGGAACCACAAACUUAGGCGCUCCUUCUCUGCCAGACCAAAGGAGGCAAGUCCUAAUGCUGUGAUCCAUGCAUCUACUUUGCACCAUUUGAUGUCCUCAUCAGCUGUUAAAGAGAACUCCUGAUCGAGAAACGUAGGACGUGUAGUUCUCUUGUUCGUUUCCGAAACCAAAUUUACCUUUUGCUUAUAGUUAUAGUGUUUUCCUUUUUUUCGUCUUUUUUUAAUACUUUACAAUAAGAACAUCAGUUAGUAAUGGUAAAAUGCAUUGGAAAUUGGCUUUAAUCAGAUUAUGGCACUGAAAGUUAACUACUCUGAAAUCAUUCGGCUAGAUUUUAAAGUC